GGGGUGCUCAGACAGAGAACCAGUCAUGUCCUGCCGUUUCGAUGUCGUCCUCAUCAUUUUUAGGAGUCAGAACUAAAUUAGAAACGAAAAGAUCCGAUGAAUUCUUGGAAGUGGCGGUGACCGGUGAGUGGUGUGAUUUCUCCUUUAUGAAGCAGCAAGCUGCAGCUUCAAUUUGUGGCCUUGGUAGUUCGCUCGGCGAUUUCUUCUUCCUCAGAUCCAAAUCUCGCAGUCAAAGCGAAAACUCCGUUCUUUCUGUACGAGAAAAGACACCCCAACUCGACCCCUUCGAUCCCAAGCGACUGUGACCUUUCCCAAUUUGAGUGCAUAUAAAGCACCCUUUUUUUCCCAUCUCCCCAAAUCUUGGAUUCGCCUUAAAGUAUUCUCAUUGCCCGCAGUUUUCUGCCUUUUAAGUCCAUAUAGUUGUAUUGAAUAUACAGGGCUAGUUCGUCAUUUGGGUUUUUGCAGACGAAUAUUCUCGAGAUUGAAGAGGAUUCGAGAUGUUUAGGCUUUCACCUCGCAGAAGUCAGAGGUCGAAAGGCUUCAAGGUCAAGCAUGCUUUGCAGAUCCUUCUUCUACUCGGCAUCAGCAUCUGGCUUCUGUACCAAGUGAGGCAUUCGCAGAAUAAGAAGGCGGAGUAUGACCAAAGUGCAAAAGCAGCGAAUGAUGUUGUGAAAUUUGGGAGAAAAGACCUCAAUCCUCAAGUAGAGGAAACUGCUGUUAGAGACGUCGGCAAUAAGGAGGAUGAAGAAGAGGACGAAAAUAGGAAUGACCAAGAUCAAAGCAAGUCCGAAGAGAGUCUUGGCUUAGGGGGGGAUAGUAAUGAUGAGAUUCAAGAGCAUCAAGAUCAAUCUGGGGUUGGAGCUGAGAAUAGAGAGGAUUCCUCAGAUACUGAGAAGGCGAGCGAGGAAAGGACGGAGGAUCUGAAUGAAGCGAGCAAAGAGAAAGAAGACAAUGAACCCCAAGACAGGAAAGAUGAGAUGGAAGGUGGGGAAAAGGUGAAUAGUGAGGUCGUAGAAAACAGCGGUGCUGCAGAGGAAAGUGUAGAGGAUGGCCAACAAAAGGAGAGUAAAGAUGAAGGGGAAGGUAAAGAAAACCAGACCGAAGAUGGUAAAAUUCAGGAAGUGAGUUAUUCAGACAAUCAGGUCGAUGAUGGAAAUGGAGAACAUAAUGCGGGAGCAAGGGAGGAACACUACAAAGGGGAUGAUGCUUCCAGUGCAGUUGCCCAUGAAUCCGAUAAUGCAGUAACUGGGCAGAAGACAGAUGAUUUGGAACAUUCGGACAAGCAAGAGAACUCAGAACAUGAAGAGAAUAAAUCAGAUACCUCUGAAGUUGCUGAGGAUCAUCAACAUGAAACAGGUCAUCUCAGUGAAGAUAAUACAACUGAGAAUUCUGUUUCUUCUGAUGCAGAAGUCCAAAAGGAGGGUUCAGCAGAUAGUAACCAGGGGGGUUCGGAGGAUAAUACCCACCAUAGCUCCAGUGAAGCAAGAGAAUCUGAUGAAGUGAAGACAGAAACAACAGAAUCGGCACAGCUGAACAGUAUGGAAUCCACAGGUACAAUGGGACAAGACAGUGCUGCCCAACAAAAUGAAGAAACAAAUCAUAAAGAAUCUAAUGAAGAUUCUACCCAACAAGAUGUACAGUCUGAGAAAUCUGAUUCUGGGGCAGGCAAUGAGCAUUCCAGUUCUGGAGCAACGCCUUCCACUACAAGCAAUGAUGGAGUUGGCAGUACAACGGGACAAGAUGCUGCUGCCCAACAAAAUGAGGAUACUAUUCAUAAAGAAUCUCAUGAAGAUUCUACCCAACAAGAUGUACAGUCUGACAAAGCCGAUUUAGGGGCUAGCAAUGAGCAUUCCACUUCUGGAGCGACGCCUUCCACUACGAGCAAUAAUGGAGGUGGAGAUAAUGGAGGAUUUGCAGAUUCUUCUGGAAAUUCUGAACAAACUGUUGAAAGCAAUGGAUCAGAGGAUAAGGGUUCAGUGCCUGUUGACACAAAUCAAAACGACAGUGCUCAAGGUGAAAAGGCCCAAGAUAGCGUUGAAACGGAAAAAGUACAGGAGAAUGUUAUGACAUUGAAACAAAACGAGAAUUCAGAUGCUAGUGCCAAGGAAGGCUCUUCGGACUCCUCGACUCAGCAAGGGAGCAAUGAUUCCCCGGACAACACUAAUAAUGCUGAAACAGGCCAGAGUGAGAACGCCACCAAUGAUCAGAGCAAUGCGGAUGAAAAUGCGAAACCACAGGACAAUACAGGUGCUGGCCAAACGGAAGAAGCUAGCUCUAGCAAUUCUGCAAAUCAUCAAGGGAAUAAUGAUGCAUCCUCGAACAUGAAUGAUAACAACAAUGCUGGCUCUACUGGCAAUAGUGAUGCUGAUCAGCAAAAUUCCUCAACCUCUGAAGAAAAGAAAGAAACAGAGGCAAACACUAAUAGUGGUGCUGAUGCAGCCCAGACUGAUACGGUGGAUCCAUCAAUCUCUCAGGAAAUGAAAGAGGCCCGGACAGAUUUGGGGACCCUACCAGACACGGGGAACGAAGGAACUAACAGUAAGGACGCAGCAGCAGAGUGAGGUCAAGUCUCCUGUGAAGAUGUUUUCUAUCUGUUGGUUCCAUUCUAGGUGAUUGCUGUUGUAUUACUAUUUUUGAGGUUGGUGGAGCAACUGUAAGGUUCUUUGAAUGUUUUGUGCUAUCCGGAUGCAAUGUGAUAUGAUUAUCACGUCUCUCUGUAAUUCUAGUAUGAGGAAGUUAGGAAAAGUAGUUACAUGUGAUGGAAUAAUCUGCGAUAUCAAAGCUAUAAUCUUUGUUUGUGAAUG